AUGGAUGGCUCGAAGGCCUUAAUUUUGGUUGGGAUGGUAAGAUGUUUGGUCCUGAACAUACAGAAUGGUGAGCCUACACGACCUACAAAGCCAUGGCACGAGGAGAGCGCCCAGUUUAAUGGUAGACUCUCUGAACAGCUGCGAAAGGAUGACGUAUUGGUACGGUUGUCAAUUGGUGAUUUGGUGGGUCAAAAAGUGACGGUGAACAAUGUGCCGUGGACUCCUGAUCGCGAUCCAGCGGAACAGAUUCGCAAGGAUUGGAGUUAUUUCGAGCCAGACCCAGUUUAUCCAUUAAACAACGUUACCGUAGUGACAUUUUUUGGUGUUCCAUAUGCUGAGCCGCCAGUUUCACAAAGAAGAUUCAAGCCUCCGCAGAUUCUUACAGAAUUUCCCGGAAAGCAGCCUUUCCUGGCUAUUCAACAUCCACCAUCAUGCGCACAAAAUGUCGAAGCUCGACCAACAUUGUUUGUUAACGAUCCUUAUCCGUUCCAUAUUAGCGAGGAUUGCCUUUACUUGAAUAUAUUCACACCUGAUACAUCGUAUAGUGGCCGCCCUGUUAUUGUUUUCUUUCAUGGAGGUAAUUUUCAAACUGGUUCGUCAAAUGAAUGGCCGGGCCAUAUAUUGUCUUCACGGGGUAUCGUUGUUGUUACUGUAAACUAUCGCCUCGGUGCUUUUGGUUUUCUAAGCUUUGGCGACGCAAAUACUGGCAAUUAUGGUUUGCAGGACCAAGGAACUGCAUUGCAGUUCGUGCAAGAUCAUAUAGCUGCUUUUGGUGGGGACCCAAGGCAAGUAACAAUUGUUGGACACGAUGCCGGAGCGGUCAGUGUUGGUCUACAUAUGCUGUCACCUUUUUCGAAAAACUUAUUUCGAGCAAGUGCUGCAAUGUCAGGUGCUGAAAUUUCAUACCAUUCAACUAUUGGCAAAUCUGCUCUUGCAUUCAAUAACACUAUCAAACUAGGUCGAUAUUUGGGUUGUACGCAGUCAACAGCAAAGCACAUAUGGGAUUGCAUAUUAACGCGAUCAACGAAUGACAUUAUACAAGCUGUUCAGACAAUACCAGUGGAAUACAAUCGUUACCUCUUUUUGCCUCAUGUGGAUGGCCGAAUCAUUCCAGCUCAUCCAAUGUUUCUUUUGAAUUCUGUUGCGACUGGCAUCACUAACUAUCCUUCUGCCGUGCCUUAUCUUACUGGUUUCAAUAGAGAUGACGGCUCUGAAGUAAUACUUGAAAAUCGGCUCCUGGGAGAAUUUAGUGAUUUUGUUUUGGUUGACCAUGAAUACCUCAAAAAUUACAUACUUGAAUAUGCUUUUCGCCACAAUUAUACGACGAAUCGCGAGGCAGUAACGGAAGCAAUUAUUGAUCGUUAUACUUAUUGGCCAGAUGCGUCCGACGAACAUGCAGUGAGGAGAGAAUUCAUUCAUAUGGCGACAGAUGCUUACUAUGUUGCCCCAAUAAGUCUUUCUGCACAUUUGCAUUCUGCGGCUGGUUCGCGAGUUUUCAUGUAUGUUAAUAAUUAUGAAUUUGGUCGAGGAUCCAGCAAGCGAUUUUUUCCGAAUUGGAUGUCUGUAUGUCAUGAUUGUGAUUUAUAUUUACUGUUUGGUUUCCCAUUUAUGUCGAAGGAUCUGUUGCCGAAACAUUUUGGAAAUAUAUCAUGGACAGAUGCCGAUCGAAAUGCUAGUCAGCUUUUAACAUCUGUAUUUCGGCAAUUUGCGACGUAUAUGAAUCCAAACAUUCCAAUGGAUUCUGGUUGGUUAGCUUUUGAGCCACGGCGGCAUUGGUAUCUCAAUUUCAAUUACUCGUUAUAUUCUGAUCUUACCAAGCUUGGUAUAUUAGAGCGCGAUUAUCGUUGGGACUUCGUGUCAUUCUGGAAUAUAUACAUUCCUUCGUUGGUGCAGUACAUGACGACAACAUUUCCGUCUCUUGAAGUUAAGAUUCGAAAAGAAUUAGUGAUUUAUCAGAUGGCACUUGGUAUAGUUGUUUGCAUACUGUUUGUGAUUAUGGUUUUGAUGUGUCUUUUUGCAUAUCUGCUAUUUGAGAGGAAUCCAAAACGAAUUGUGAAUCGUAAAAGAUUGAUACUUGACGUAAAUCGCUUUUCUCGGCAGUGCAGUCAAGAAUCGUGUUUGUAA